GUUAACAAGAGUGCAGGGCGCACGCGCAGCGGUUGCGAAAAAAUAUCGAUCAAGUUCAAUCGAUCGAUUAACUUUCAAAAAUAUAAACUAGUUUUAGUAUUUGGUUAGUGAUUUUUUGAACUGAAAAUGGUAGUUGACGAGGUUGUGAUCAAAAAACCGAGCUCGGUGCUGGGGGUGCGUCAUGUGCAGGUGUUCAUGCUGUUCCUCGCGCUGGUGCUGGCGUUCGCGAUGCGAGUCAACAUGAGCAUGGCGAUCGUCGCUAUGACGGACAGGGCCCAGGACGAUUCCUUCGAUUGGAACAUGCAGACCCAGAGUGUGAUCCUGUCAUCCUUCUUCUGGGGCUACAUCAUCCUGCAGAUCCCUGGCGGCGAGCUGGCAGCCAAAUUCGGAGGCAUGGUGCUGGUCACCAUCUGCAUCGGCGUCAACUCUGCGGUGUCGCUGCUUAUACCCAUCGGCUCGUAUUACGGUGGAUGGCAACUGGUGUGUGCAUGUCGCGUGCUGCAAGGGCUGUCGCAGGGGUUCCUGUUCCCCUCUAUGCAUAACCUCAUUGGCAAGUGGGUGCCCCUGGAAGAGAAGAGUCGCUUGAGCACUUUGAUCUACGCAGGUGCUCAACUAGGAACUGCUUUGCAGCUGAUGGUCUCAGGCUUCAUCGCAGCUGCAUGGGGCUGGCCGGCCAUCUUCUACGCCAACGGAACCCUCGGCGUGAUCUGGGUCGUAGCCUACGUGUUCCUCGGAUCUGACUCCCCGCGAACCUCCCGGAUGAUAGGGGAAGAUGAGAAGAUGUACAUUCAGAACUCUUUGGGGCAUGUCGGGACUCAACAUAAGAAACUCCCAACACCCUGGAAGGCGAUCUUCACGUCUCUACCGUUCAUCUCGCUGAUCGUAACCCACUGCGGGCAGAACUGGGGCUUCUGGACCCUCAUGACGGAGAUGCCGUCCUACAUGAAGCAAGUGCUGGGCGUCGAUAUCAAAGCGAAUGGCGUAAUGUCCGCACUGCCGUACUUAGCCAUGUACAUACUAAGCUUCCCGAUCGGCUUCGUGUCAGACUACACCCUGAAGAGGAAGUGGGUCAGCAUCACGGCGAGCAGGAAACUCUCCAACUCUCUCGGUCAGUGGGGCCCAGCGCUGGCCCUCAUCGGUCUGUCGUACGUGCCGGCGGGGCACGUGGCGCUGGCAGUCGCGCUCCUGACCGUCGUCGUCGGCCUCAACGCUGGACACUACACUGGAUUCAUGCUAGUGCAUAUUGACAUGGCGCCCAACUUUGCCGGCACUCUGAUGGGCAUCACCAACUGCUUCGCCAACUGCAUUUCUAUCAUCGCGCCCCUUGCGGCCGGCGCUAUGCUCCAAGAUGAGACUGACCCACACCAAUGGCGGAUCGUCUUCUACGUGUCGUCUGCUAUUUACUUCUCCUUCAACCUGUUCUUCGUCAUCUUCGGCUCCUGCGAGACGCAGACAUGGAAUGAAGUGCCAGACACCAAAGACGAGGAAAAAAGUGCCAAGUAGUCAAAUUUCAAGGAAAAUAGUAAUAAGUAACUGUAGAUAAGGAAAUGAUAACUGCAAUGGUUCAGUUGUACGGUCGGGAUUUGGUAAAUGAUUCGUGAUAUCAUUAACAUGACUAAUAUUUCUCUAGCCCUACCAGCUAAGCGUAAAGCUUGCACACGUAGUAGGUACGAUAAACGUACGUUACGGGUUGGGUUUGAACCCCGAUCUUUCAGAAUUCAGUCUGUUAAGCUAUUGAGGCGCUGAUCUUUUGUUUUGUUUGAGGAAUUCUUUGUUUUUCCGGCAUAAUAUAUCUAAUAAUAUACCACAGAGAGGACUAUUCGCGUCUACACAAUAUACGUCUGUUGGCCGGCUGAUUUGUCAAACUUAUUAAUGAAAAAUUCGCUAUUCACAAGACAUUCACCAUAAGUAUCCCGAACAGAGUCGGAAGGUAAUUUGCCAAAUGCCAAUAGUGAGGCCGUACCAUAAAGACAAUGGUUUGAACAGUGGUUUUUUAUAUACAAAAAUUCUAAAAUAUUAUUUAAGAUUAGUUUAAAAUUUAGUCUAAUUAAACAUGUAAAGGUUAUAAUAUAAAUAUUCUUGUAAAUAGUUAAGACAUGAUCGAGUCCUAAAUUACUAUUAUUAAAAUUGCUAUGAUGUCUGCGGCUUCGAACUCAUAGAAUUUAGCUUUUUGAUAAUCCCGUGAAACAAUCUGAUUUCCCAAGACAAAAAGUAAGUGUUAUGUUUUAAGGAUGCAAGCUAUAUCUUGUACCAGUUUCAUCCAAAUUGGAUGAUGGGACGUGAAAAGGUAGCAGACAAACUUUUUGCAUUUAUA